AUGGAAGAUCCUGCAAAGACAGAGGUGGAGGACAAAGAGUCUCAAGUGAUCAAUAAUGGGAGCGAGAAAGGCUCCAAUGAACUGUCACAGCGAGGUGCAUCACUGGAUAUCGCAUCAGGAGAAACUCCUGAAACAGAGAGUACUGCUUUGCUAAAGGAAGGAGAAAACGAGGAAUCCUUGGAAUGCAGCCAUGAAACUAAGAGUGGAAAGAAGAAGAAGAAGCAGAAAAGGAAGAAAAAGAAGGCAGAAAUGACUAAUGUUGCUCCUGACAACACUGAGCAACUUUUGCAAACUUCAACUUUCAGUGAUGUAGGCAGUGCUCCAAACGAAGAGAAAUCAGUGGAAGACCAGAGUUAUUUAGCUGUGAUGAAAAAUGAAAAUCAUGAAAAUGAUGCUGAUUCUCAAUCACAAAAAGAGUGUGGCGAUGCUGUCAGCAGUAGCUUGAGGAAUGAGAGAGAAAAUUGUUCUGAGGAUUCACCGGCAGACACGGCAGCAGCCAGAGCAGAAGAAGGAAAUGUCCCUGCUCUCGAAAAGGAAGAUGGCAGCAGUUCAGAGAUUGUGCCUGAUGUUGUCAAACCUGAGUUAGCCCUAGAAAAGCAACUUGACAACCAGGAUAUAAACAGUGCACCAAAAGAAGAGAAAUCAGUGGAAGACCAGGGUGAUUUAGCUGUGGUGAAAAAUGAAAAGCAAGAAAAUGAUGCUGACACUAAUUCACAAACAAAGUGUGGUGAUACUGUCAGUGGUGGCAUUGGAGGUGAUAGCGAAAAUUUGUUUGAGGAUUCACCUGCAGACACAACAGCAGCCAGAAAAGAAGUCGAAGAUGUCCCUGCUCCAGAGAAGGAAGAUCGAAGUAGCCCAGAAAUGGUGCCAGAUGAAGUGAAACCUGAAUUGGCCACAAUAUCUGAUGGGGUCAAAGAAUCUGAUUCAGAUACAGACAUGCCUGAAGAAGAGGGAAUGAAAUCUGAUAUUGCAGAUAACUCAUCUGAUGAACCAGAUAAUGAAGGGUAA